CAGUUAUGACAGUUCAUCCAACACAAUGUUUUUUUUAGGUAUAAUGAAAAAUAAAAUCAUAGUCAGUGUCACCCUAAAUAUGCAAAAGACUUAAACCAAGUUUCCCUUUCUAAAACAAAGUUGAAACCAACAUUUCUGGGGCUGCUAUCAUGUGUGAGGUCUGGACCAAUCACAACUGGACAUUUUACACUGGUCCCCCUGUACAGCUUCAGGUGUUGUCUUGAGAUGGGUUCAGCUGUAGUCUGAAAUACCACUGCAAGAAACAUCUGAGAUCCUGAGAUCUUUCCCUGAUCCUAAACAAGCCGUUUUGGUGCCUCAACCUGACCAGUGCAGUGGUGCAUCAAGUAGUGGGUACAUCUCAUCGCUACUGAGAGUCCACAGGUAGACUGGAGGUGAUGGCACAAACUUCUUUGAAAAGUCUGUCUGACAAAUUCAUUCAUUCAUUCAUUUUUAUUGCACUGAUGUAUAAAUGCCUUAAAAGAUUUAGUUGUUGAGUGUUGUUGUUUUGUUGAAUCGGUUUCCAGCUCUGCAGAAUUCAUGCAUCAGAGGUUUAGAAUGCAAAUGAAGGACUAGAAGGAGCAACAAAACAAUGUAGACAAGACUGGAGGUAGAACUGCUGCCUGACCUGACUGUCUCUAUAUUACCUUGAAAGUAUAUACAGUAUAUAGAUAACGUAUCCUGAUACACCUCUUUACGGGGCCUGUUUUCAGGGUUGGGCUUGGUUUAUUCCUUCCAGUGAAGGGAAAUCUUUAUGUUUCAGCACACCAAGACAUUUUGGACAAUGCUAUGCUUCCAACUUUGUGACAACAGUUUGGGCCUGUUGGUUAGCUAUUUAGAUUAUAGUUGUCUAUUUAGAAACCAGUGUCAUUAUAGUCCCUGUUUAUGUAAUUGUCAGGUGUCACAGUACCUUUGUACAUAUAGUGUAUAUAUUAGACUCUUGCUUUGGCAUUUCUAUAGUGGCAGAUGAGAAGUGAAUGUAACACCUGACAGCGAAAGCAGACAUGCUUGAGUAAAUCAUGGUCUGUAAAUGCACCGCCUGAGAGAUGAAAUUAGCCCAUAUAAACAUUUUACAGUCUGCACAGGUAGAAUGUGAAUGUGUUCUAUAUUGCAGUUUAACUCCUUCCUGAUAGCUUAUAGUCAUAAAUCCACAAACUUGCAGGUCGUGAUUUCCUGCAUUGCUAUCACAUAAAAUACACCAUCAAAUAAAAAUUUGAUACUCAAUGUAAGGAUUCAAUGAAAUGAAUUCAGGUGAAAUAAAUUUCAUGUAGCAGAGGCUUCUGGAUUUUGUGUUUUGACUAACAAUGGCACAGAACUGUUGUGCUGUUUUUUCAAACAGGACUAAAUUUCAUUGAAAGCUAAGUGUUUUAGAUUAUACCUUUUUAUUUUGAUGUCUUUUCUGUGACUAUAUUUCCAAUAUGUUGUACAGAAUUUUCAAGCCUGGUUUCAUUACCAGGUUGUGAAAUACUCCCAUUUUGGCACAUUCCUUUACCUCUCAUCCAGAUCAUAUGCAUGACAUUCACCAUGGAGACUGGAGUUCACAUCCAAUGAGAAACAAAGCACACAUUACCAAUCUUUCCCUAAGCCUAACCACUUUGUGUGAAAGUGCCACUUCAUGUUCGCCAUGUGUUUGAAAGCUUUUGUGGCAGAAAGGCUUUGUGCAUCACCUGCAAAAGCAUACCUAUUGGGUCUGGAUGAGAUGUAAGGUCUUUAAAAACUGUUGUAUACUCUGUGGCUCUCGAGGAGCUUUUCCAGGUCUAAAGAAAUAACGCUGGUGAUGACAUUGGUAAUGUAGGAUCCAGCUUUUUUCCUAAACUCUCCUUUGAGUCACAAACUAUAUGAAAGUAUAAUAAUAAAUUACUACAUUACCCCUUUAAGUACCCCUGGAUAUUCUGAGAAAGAGAAUCUUUGAUACAUCCAUAUUUGAAGAGAGAGGUAGAAGUAGAAGAAAGUAAUACUGAAACACCAUUUUAAAACCACUUAAGAUGCAAAAGUAUACUGCUGAGGUGGAAAUGAAUUUAAUGAUUUGGUAAUCAUAAGGAAAAUAUUAAGUACCACUCAAAAGAGCAAGUGACAGUUUUGUAAAAGGAUGUUUGCAUGUAUGAGAAAAGAAGUGAUUUGCAGAUUCUGGUGACCUGAGAAGUGUUCUGAUAUUAAUAUUUUAGUUCAGGGAAGCUUGAUGUUUUUGUCACACUAUACAGUACAUGUUUGUUUGGUUUUAAAGAACAACGAUAUAGUACCAGGGCCAACAACAGGACCUCAGUCCAGAUAUAGCAGGUGGAUUGGAGGUAGAGAUGGAGGGAAUGGAAGGAGAGAAAGAAUGAGUCACGACGUGGAAAGAGAGAGAUUCGAAAAAGAGGGAUGAGAGAGGUGGAAACGCAGUGAGACCGGCCGACGCAGAAAGCGGGAUGUCACAUGAAAAGAGGGAGGUAGAAUUAGAGGCAGACACGCAGCAAGAAAUAGCAGGAGGAUUAAUGCUAAGCAGUCUUUUCCCUCAUGAUUCUGUAUGUCGGGCAGCGCAGACAGCCCUGCCUCUUUCUCUGCUACGUCACAGCAGAGCUGAGCAGAGGGAGCAGGACUACCCUGAUGCUGACAGGAGGAAAGGAGCACCCUAGCCUGCCAGAAGCCGGCUGCUGCAGCAGCUUAACAGUGGACCUCUUAUUGGCAUCUCGCUGCUCUUUUUGUUUUCCUCUUCAACCCUGUCAAAAUAGGAGCUGGAUUGACGAAGACAUAACGGAAUACUGCUGCUUUUAACUCUCAAGACCUCUUGGACUAUUUUUCAUUUUCAUCUCGUUGUUGUCAAUCAUUCAGCUGUCACAGCAUUACUAUCAUUUGCGGGAUACAGCUGUGCCUUAACAUUGGAGGUCAAGCAGAUUUCACUCUGGAUCAGAUGGAUUGAGAACUUGAACCAAUGAACACUAAACUCCUUUCGAAAGACUUUGAACUCAAUCAAAUGGAUUCUGAAGUGGUUCAGAAAUCUUGAAAUUUGAACUCUUCGUUGUCAGGUUCAUUCCCUUCAGCUUGUGUGUGGAUAUCAAAGCCAUCUUACCUUUACUUGGGAGACUGGUUAAAAACAACCCAGAUUUGGACAACAGAUGUGGUGCAUCUGUGCCUGUAAAUCAAGAUUGUGAUCUAUGAGUAAGAAGUGGUGUUAAUGAAUGUGCUGACAAAUGGAUACCUCAUCACUGCUGACUCACCACAGGGCGAAAGAUGUCAUGCUCCAUUGCCCUCAAGUUAAGGCCUUUUAGUUUAUGCUGGCAAAACAGAUAAUUCAUGGGAACAAAUGGAAAAUUAAGUGACAGUGUCUUGUUUCACUUGAUUUUCUCAUCAGAACAUCUGAAGACAUGACAGUAGUUAAUUGCACAAUUCUUCAAUGUUCUUCAUAAAUAAAAAGUGCUAAUAUAAGCUGAUUGUUAUACUUUGUCAUUGUCGAGAAUGACUGAAGAAAAGCCUGUCACUUCUUUGGAAUCUCUCGUGAACAGGACAAGCGUGCAUUUACAAAUCCAGAUUUCACCUCUGCAGGAAAAGUCCUCAGUGAUGGCUUAAAACAUUUACCCUGGUUCUUUUUAGACCAAGGACCACAGCAGUUGAUCAUUUUUGUUCUUCAGUAUUCACCCUGCUGACAUUUUAGGACAGGUGAAAUUCAAACCAAGUUUAUUUGGACACAUCAGAAGUUGAGUUUUCAUCUACGUUUGGAAUGUAGUCACACGUAUGAUGGGAUAACUGUACAUUAAAGAAAGUGCUUAACCUCUUGUUCAACAUGGUGGUGACUCGUCUGGAGCUGGAGCUACGCUACCAGGGCAAGAAAUUACGUGGCGUGACAUGGAAGUUGACUCGAUCAGAACAUGGGUUCCUGCCAGAGAGCUCCUGGCUCAUUGCUGCUCAGGUUAUCGUGCCAUACCUGGUGUCAGGACUUGGAAUGGUCUCCGCUGGUAUUGUUAUGGACCUUAUACAACACUGGGAAGUGUUUAAGGUCAUUACAGAGGUGUUCAUCCUGGUGCCUGCACUGGUUGGACUCAAAGGAAAUCUGGAGAUGACCCUGGCGGCUCGCCUCUCAACCGCUGCCAACACGGGCCAAAUGGAUGAUCCUAAUAAGCAGUGGACCAUGGUGUGCAGCAAUCUGGCUCUUAUACAGGUUCAGGCGACAGUGGUGGGCUUCCUCGCAGCAGUGGCAGCCGUGUGUUUAGGGGCAAUUUCUAGAGGGGGCGUUGAACUGGACCAGGCUGCUGUUCUCUGUGCCAGCAGCAUCACCACUGCCUUUGUAGCUGCUCUUUCCUUAGGCUUGGUGAUGAUUGGAGUUAUUAUCGGCUCCAGGAAGGUGGGGAUCAACCCUGACAACGUGGCCACGCCCAUCGCUGCUAGUCUGGGUGAUUUGAUCACCUUGUCCCUGCUGGCUGGGGUUAGCAGCACCCUCUAUGAAUAUAUAGAUAUGUGGUACCUGUCCCCCCUGGUGUGUCUCAUCUUCCUGGCUCUGAUCCCAGUGUGGGUGGUGGUGGCCCAACAGAGCCCUCAAAUCAAGGAGGUUCUACGCUCAGGGUGGCAGCCUGUUAUCGUAGCCAUGUCUAUUAGCAGUUUUGGAGGCCUUAUACUGGACAAGACAGUGAGUGAUCCCAACUUUGAGGGCAUGGCUGUCUUUACACCCGUCAUUAAUGGAGUGGGUGGUAACUUGGUGGCCAUCCAGGCCAGUAGGAUCUCAACCUACCUGCACUUCUGGUCCAUCCCAGGGGUGCUGCCCUACAAGAUGAGGCAGCACUGGCCCAAUCCCUGCAUCACCUUCUUUUCCUCAGGGGUGAACUCCAAGUCAGCACGGGUGCUCCUGAUGCUGGUUAUUCCCGGUCACCUGGUCUUCCUCUACGCCAUCUCUCUGCUGCAGGGAGAUGAGGCGCCCAUCUCUGUAGCCUUCACCAUCUGCUACCUGUGUGCCGCUCUGCUACAGGUGUCCAUUCUCCUUUAUGUUGCUGACCUCAUCAUCCGUGUGAUGUGGAGACGGAGUCUGGACCCUGACAACUUCUCCAUCCCCUACCUGACUGCCCUGGGGGACCUGUUGGGCACCGGCUUUCUGGCCCUCUGCUUCCGCUGCGUCUCAUUGGUUCAGAGCCUGGGUCUCUGAAUCUUUUCCCUUUUAACAUUGAACAUUAAGCCAGCCACUGUCUUGUCGCACCAAUUUUGUUACAGAGAUGCUUUUGAUCGGACAGUAAAGCAUUUUCUGAUGGUUACCAUUGCGCCAGUUCAUACUGAGGAGUCUGUCUGCCUCAAAUUGUAACUUUUACAAUGAUGGAGAGAUGGCACAGGUGGCACCACCCAUUUACACUCAUGCUUCUGGGUGAAGGGUUUGCUGCCUGAUCAUGUCCAACCAAUCUGGAUGUUUUAUUUCCCUGUCCUUCAGAGCAUCUACUACAGCAUAUUGAUCAUUCAUCAUUCCUUUCUAUCAGUUCAUCUUUUAGUGUUCUGCACUAAUUAAAUAUGAGUUUGGUGGCUCUGUGCUUGUCUCUCAGCUCAUCUCUUUGACUUCAUCAGAUGAAUAUGUAGCAACUCUGUAUUGUGGCAGCAAGACUGAACAGGUGGUCUGCUUGUGAACAUUUGUUUGAAGUUGUGGAUAGAACAAACAGACUUAAAGUAGUCCAUAUUUGGGUGGGCUGUACUAUGCAUAAAUACUAGUUAUUGUGGAGGUUGAUGUAGUAGUACACUAACUGGAAUUAGUUUUCAUCAGAAAUCAGGUCAAGUACCUAUAACACUCAGUUUUGUUAUCUCAUGAAAAAACUUAAAUCUCUAUUAUUAUUGGUGCAGCGUACCUGUCUAUUCAUAAUGAUUUCUGAAAAUUCAUUUUGAGGUAUUGUUACAAGGACAAAUGCCUUGGCUGCCCAGUGGAAACAGCAUAAUUAGAAGUGCAGUAGUCACUGUGGUAUCUGCCAUGAUCAGUGGGCUCACCUUUGAUUUGACAGUGCCGUGAUGCAGAGAACAGUGCUCCCAUUAGUGGAAACUGAUUUUGUGUAAAAGGUGCAAAUUCACUAUGAGAAAUUAAAAGCAUUUAUUUCAGUGAGAUUUGUUCACUUUGUUUGUUUGAGAACCAUUUUUUAGUGAAAUGAGAUGCCAAACAUAACUAUUGUUGACUGCAGGACGAAAGGUAUCCACAAGCAACUCUUGACAGUUAUAAAUUAUGUUUGUAUCCAGAAUCUGUUCUGUGAAGUGAUUUAUUGGCAUACUUAGAAUUAAAGGUUUGCCCUGACCAGUGGAAAAAAACUCAUACAAAAUAUUUGCUUGCGAGAGUUAGAUGAGAAGAUACUGUAGAUAUCAUUCUCAUACUUGUACAUCCAUAACCCUGUACCUGUCACUUUUGAGUCACUGAGCAUUUUGCAGCUUAAGACCCCGAGAGUCACUUUGUAUGAACUGAACAAACUUUAAAUAGCAUUAGUUAGUGCUUGUAUGCAGAUUCUGCUUGAUUUUUUUUUCUUCACAAUGCCAGGUUAGCUGUUUCCCCAUUUCCAGCCCAAGCUAAGUUUGCUGGCUAUUGGCUUUAACUUCAUACUUAGCGUACAAACAUGUACAUUGCAGUCAGUCUUUUCAUUUUGCUCUCUACAAGAAGGCAAAUAAGCAUACUUCCUGAAGUGUCCGGGUUUCCCUUUGAGGGUUGGAAUAGGAUCUGUCUUCACAAUGUCUCCACAAUGUCUAAUAUGCAGAUGAUGUAUUACUUUUCAUUGCAAAUUCAGUAGGUACAUGCAGUGCCAUUAACACAGCAGUCGCAAACCAACAGUAAAAAACAGUAUUAAUUAAAAGCAAUGAGAAGGUUUUUUUAAAUUCUGUAUCGUACCAGAAGUAGUACCAGAAGAAGGCCCACUUACACAGUCGUGUUCUAAAGCACUGUGAUGUGCACAAAAUGUGUCUACACGUGUCACUAUUUGUAUAGCAAUCUAAAUGUAUAUAUUUGCAAUAUUUUAUUUGUUGUGAAUUAUGUGCUGCCACCAGAACCAACAGCAGAAAACUGAAGAACUGCAGAAGACUUGUAUUCACCCAUCAGCCCAGGCUCAUGUGUUUACAUUGACUGUAGCUGCAGAGGAUCUUGGUACUUCAUACCAAAAUUCCCUUUAAUGGAGGGUUCACAAAGCCUUACUGUUCAUUGUCAAACCAUACAACCUCAUCAUCACAGCACUGAGUGCAUAUACAUGCACAUAUUACAUGAAUACAAAAAAGCUUACAAUUAGUCUGGUUAAAAAAAACCCUGUAAAACCCAAAGUAUUUAGAAUACAUACAGUCUAAAAUACACAGGCUAGCUCUCUAUCCGUUCUAUCAGACUUGCGUUUCUUGCAAGUGCAUAUAUGCAUAUAUGAGCUUCAUCUCAAAGAUUUACACAAUUUCUCAAAUUAACACCAUAAAAGAAAAUGUGUGUGUAGUCACAUGGAACAUCUGUUUUUGUUUUUUUUUUAAAGAUGAACCUCAUAAGCACUGGAACAUGAUGCAUUUCUAAAAAAAAACCUGUAAGGUAUUUCAGAGUUAGUAAUGUUUUGCUUAAAGCUUUUAUUGUGACACUUUCUACACUUGAAGGUAAUGAAAUUUAGAUAUGUACUGUUCAAUCAAUUUCAACUGAGCUUACUCUGUCUGUAUCUUACUGUAUGUAAGGUUGUGUUGUACCAGCACAUAAGUGUAUUUUAAUCAAUAGGGCUGAUCAAAUUAUCAUCGUUAUAAAUUGCAUUGAUCACAUUUGCAUAGAUAACAAUGAAUGUAGUAAUAACCUUUAAAAAAAAAUGCAUAAUCUUGUAUUUCUAGAAUUAUUUUGACUCCCAUCUGAUGUUUGUCCAGAUUAAUGACCAGAUUCAAGUCCUUGACUCAUUUGUUGGUUAAGUGUCUAGUUAAAUGUCGGUUUCUAGAGGUGUUAAAUAAAUAUAUGGAUAUUUGGAUAGUUAAUUUAAGACUAAAUUUGGAUUUAUAAUAAUAAUGUAAAAUUAACAGAGGAGUUUGGUUUUCUAGGAAAUAUCUUUAUCUACUUCAUUGUCAAAAUUUUAAACAUGACUGACAAAGAGCUGGACAUUGAAACCGGUUCCUCGGGUUCUGUGGUUUUUCUGAGUUUUACUUUCAAAAUCCCAUUGAUAUUUAAUUCCUUGUUUUUGUUUUUCAUCACAGGUUUCAUGUGAUGACUUGUUUAAGACAUUAUGCUAAGCUAAGCUAACUGCCUCAUGGCUGUAGCUUCGCUUACAGACAGAGUGAUAUUGAUCCUCUCAUCACAAAAUGUCAAACUGUUCCAUUGAAAAAAAUAGGUUAUCAUCCAGCAAUAUUCAGUAUGUAAGAAAGUGAUGGCAAGUGAUGGUUUGCUAUUUGCAAACUUGCACUUUUGUUUUAACAGUAGUCAAAGUUGCCUUGAAAAAAACAAAAACUUAAUGUCAGCUGUCUUAUCAAAAGCCUCAUUUACAGCCAUGUCAAUGUCCAAAGAAUAGUGGCGUUAUUUAAGUGUUGCAACAGUCCUUUCUCUUUUACCUUCUGUAGGCAAACUUUGUACUGUACUUCAAUGUUGACACUGCCACAUUACAACUUUAGGGGCUUUUAAAAAGUCUUUAUUUUCUAAUCUUGCUGUAUUCACUGUCACUUGAGCUUCCACACUUACGGUAUGUUUUGUCUUGCGUGUGUGCAAGCGUGAAAUUACAAUAUGUGACAAAUGUUUGGUGAGCGUUACUGUAAUACUGUGGCUAUGAACAGUUAUAUUUUAAUAAAAACCAACAACAUAAUGAAA